AUGGGCCAAGAAGAGAGCUCGAUCUCCAACGGCCCGCCAGUGACGUUGCCCUCGAAAGACCUGGAUGGGGUCGCCGAGUACAUCAAUUCGGGCCGCGCGAAGCGCAUUGUCGUGCUGACGGGCGCUGGCAUUUCCACCGCCGCAGGCAUUCCCGAUUUUAGGAGUCCUGGCACUGGUCUAUACGACAACCUAUCAAGGCUGGACUUGCCCUACGCAGAAGCGGUAUUCGAUAUAUCGUAUUUCCGCGAACACCCUGAGCCCUUCUACAUACUCGCUCGCGAACUCUACCCUGGCAAGUUCCACCCCACCGUGUCGCACGCCUUUAUCGCACUCUUGGCUCAAAAGAACCUCCUGGAUACACUGUUCACCCAAAACAUCGACUGCUUAGAGAGAAGAGCGGGCGUGCCAGGGGACAAGGUUGUCGAGGCACAUGGGAGCUUUGCAACGCAGCGGUGUAUAGAAUGCAAAAAGGAAUUUGAUGGCGACAAAAUGGUGGAGCACGUGGAAAGGGGUGACGUCCCUCGCUGCGAGGACAAGGAGUGCAAGGGUCUAGUAAAACCGGACAUUGUCUUCUUUGGGGAAAUGCUGCCCAAGCAUUUUGAUCGGGAAACCUACCGGCUCGGCAUGGCAGACCUGGUCCUGAUCAUCGGGACCAGCUUGUCGGUGUAUCCCUUUGCCGCACUGCCAGGCAUGGUACAAGAGGGCAAACCACGCGUGCUGUUCAACCUGCAGCGCGUGGGUGGGAUCGGAGCGAAAAGCGACGAUGUCCUGGCUUUGGGCGACUGCGAUGCACAAGUGCGCAAGUUUGCGGACGCUCUUGGCUGGCGAGACGAGCUGGAGAAGCUGUGGAAGAGCGUCGUCGGUGAGAGAGAAGUUAAGCGACAGCUGGCGCAGAGGGAAGAUCAUGAAGAGGAGUUGGAGGACGAGGUGGCCAAGUUGACGGCUGAUGUGGACAAUGUUUUGCAUCUAGACGGCGAGAAGAAGGAAGAGGAUACAGAACAGAAGAAACAUGAGGAGACCUUGCGUACAGAGGAGGAAGAGAUAGCAGCAGCGUCUGAGGAGACACCUGAGACACCCACGCAGACCAAACCAGAAUCCCCGUCCCAAACGCUAGAUGGGGAUGGUCUUCGAAUGCGCUCGACAGGACAAUAUGGCAGAGACGCCGCGCGGGCGCACACGCCUACAGAGGCUGACUUGGUCAAAGACGACAGCAAAGGGAACGACGAGGAGCCAAAGGAUAAACCAGCUUUAUAA